CCGCGGGCCUGUCGCCCGCGCGGAUCCCCGCGGUCCGGCCGUCCCGUGCCAGGAAGUGGCCGUCAGGAGCGCCAUGGCCCACUCCCCGGUGCAGUCGGGCCUGCCGGGCAUGCAGAACCUAAAAGCAGACCCAGAAGAGCUUUUUACGAAACUGGAGAAAAUUGGAAAAGGCUCUUUUGGUGAGGUGUUCAAAGGCAUUGACAAUCGGACUCAGAAAGUGGUUGCCAUAAAAAUCAUUGAUCUGGAAGAAGCUGAAGAUGAGAUAGAGGACAUUCAACAAGAAAUCACAGUGCUGAGUCAGUGUGACAGUCCCUAUGUAACCAAAUAUUAUGGAUCCUACUUGAAGGAUACUAAAUUGUGGAUAAUAAUGGAAUACCUUGGCGGAGGCUCUGCACUGGAUCUAUUAGAACCUGGCCCUUUAGAUGAAACUCAGAUUGCCACCAUAUUAAGAGAAAUUCUGAAAGGACUUGAUUAUCUUCAUUCAGAGAAGAAAAUCCACAGAGACAUCAAAGCCGCCAAUGUUCUGCUGUCGGAGCAUGGAGAGGUGAAGCUGGCGGACUUUGGAGUGGCGGGCCAGCUGACAGAUACCCAGAUAAAGCGGAACACCUUCGUGGGCACCCCCUUCUGGAUGGCGCCCGAGGUCAUUAAACAGUCAGCUUAGGACUCGAAGGCGGACAUCUGGUCACUGGGUAUAACAGCUAUAGAACUGGCGAAAGGGGAGCCCCCUCAUUCCGAGCUGCAUCCCAUGAAGGUUUUAUUCCUGAUUCCAAAGAACAACCCCCCGACGCUGGAAGGGAACUACAGCAAACCCCUCAAGGAGUUCGUGGAGGCCUGUCUGAACAAGGAGCCGAGCUUUAGACCCAUGGCUAAGGAGCUGCUGAAGCACAAAUUCAUAAUGCGCAAUGCAAAGAAGACGUCCUACCUGACGGAGCUCAUCGACAGGUACAAGCGGUGGAAGGCCGAGCAGAGCCAGGACGACUCCAGCUCUGAGGACUCGGACGCGGAAACAGAUGGCCAGGCAUCUGGAGGUAGUGACUCUGGGGACUGGAUCUUCACAAUCCGAGAGAAGGAUCCCAAGAAUCUUGAGAACGGAGCUCUUCAGCUGUCGGAUUUGGAGAGAAACAAGAUGAAAGACAUCCCAAAGAGGCCUUUCUCUCAGUGUUUAUCGACAAUUAUUUCUCCUCUGUUUGCGGAGCUGAAGGAGAAGAGCCAAGCAUGUGGAGGGAACCUGGGGUCCAUAGAGGAGCUGCGAGGGGCCAUCUACCUGGCAGAGGCCUGCCCCGGGAUCUCGGACACCAUGGUGGCCCAGCUGGUGCAGCGGCUGCAGAGAUAUUCUCUAAGUGGUGGAGGAACUUCGUCCCACUGAAACCCCUUGGCCUCUGGGGUUUUGUUUUCCCUCCUUUCUUCUGCAUCCUCCUUUUGAAAGUCGAGGAGAACCUUUGCCGGCUCUGCUGGAGGCGCCACGGAGGGCCACCCCCAAGGCCGCGACGUCCAGGGACACACUUAGCCCUCGCUGUGCCCAGCCUGAUGAAGUCUCUCGCAUGGGGUGGGGAGGGCCAGCUCCUUCAAGCAAUUAUUUUAUUUUUUUAUUGUUUUUAAUUUUAACCAUAGUGCACAUAUUCAAGGAAAAUGUCUUUGAAAACAAAACCCCUGAAGUGUAUAUUUGGGAUUGUGAUAAGGCAACUAAAGACAUGAAACCUCAGGUAUCCUGCUUUAAGUCGAUAACUCCCCCGGGGAGAUGGAGAAUCGCUGGUGGAUCUGUGUACAGACUGUAUAUAGCGUCAUUUUUACAGAAACCCCUUUGGCGUGCAUAAGGAAUCACUGUGUACAAAUCGGCCAAGUGCUUCUGUAGAUAAUGUCCGUGGAGUAAAUAUUUGACAGGCCAUAA